UUCAGCCUCAUCGCUGUCCUUCGUGCGACGUCACAGGCAGUCCUUCUUGUUCGAUGCACUCCGAACAUGGAUACGAGGUUGCUCCAUCCAAAGACCAGCUUCCUGUGCCUUGAUAUGUGCCGGAUCAUCAGAAUUCGGCAUACGAGAUCAUGACGUGCAGUCUCUCAUCUCUUUGGUAUAGAAGCUGCAAAAUCCCUCAUCUUCACAAACUCGCAUUCUUCUUUCGUCCCCAAUUUUCUCAAGUCAGACGUCACCAUGACCGAGAACGCCACCCUCUUCCAAGGCUUUGAGUGGAAUGUUCCGGCAGACGGCAAGCACUAUCAACGCCUUCUGAAAGCGCUCCCAAGCCUCAAGAAUGCCGGCAUUGAAAACGUAUGGCUCCCACCGGGCUGCAAAGCCUCUUCCAAGGACGGGAACGGAUACGACAUCUACGACCUUUACGAUCUAGGCGAGUUCGACCAAAAAGGUGAAGUUCGGACCAAAUGGGGCACCAAGGAUGACCUGCUCGAAUUGAGUGGCAAGGCGAAAGAAUUGGGUGUCGGACUCUACUGGGACGCAGUUCUGAAUCACAAAGCUGGCGCAGACAAGCAAGAGAAGGUACAAGCCAAGGAAGUGGCAGAGGACGAUCGCAACAAAGAGAUCAGCGAUUCGUAUCAGAUAUCCGCAUGGCUUGGCUUUGAAUUUCCUGGUCGAGGAGAUAAGUAUUCGAAGCAGAAGUAUCAUUGGCAUCAUUUCUCCGGAACGGACUGGAACCAAGCGAACGAGAAGAAAGCCAUCUAUAAAUUGGAAGGACGAAACAAGGACUGGAGUGAGAGCGUAGACGAUGAAGAUGGGAAUGCGGACUACAUGAUGUUUGCGGAUGUCGAUUACGAUCACCCAGAAGUUCAAGAGGAUGUUAAGAAUUGGGGUCGCUGGAUUGUCAAUGAACUUGGGCUGAAAGGUUUCCGUCUCGAUGCUGUGCAGCACUUCAGUCAGAGGUUUACGAAUGAGUGGGUUGAACAUGUGCGUUCUUCUCAGCCCAGCGAAGAUGGCAAUCGCGAAGACGAGAAGAGCAACGGCGACAUCUUCAUGGUCGGCGAAUUUUGGAGUGCAGAUACCGAGAAUAUGCUUCAAUGGCUCUCGAAGAUGGAUCACGAAUUCUCCCUCUUCGAUUCUCCAUUGGUGUACAACUUCUCCCGCAUUGGAACAACACCUGAUGCAGAUCUCCGGACCGUGUUCGAUAACACUCUCACACGAGCGGCGCCUUGCAAUUCCGUCACUGUCGUCACGAACCACGAUACGCAGCCGGGACAGACGAUGGCCACGCCAAUGGAAGGCUGGUUCAAAUCCCUUGCGUACGCGAUGAUCUUGUUGCAGGAGAAGGGCUACCCGUGCGUAUUCUACGGAGACGUGUAUGGCAUGAAAGCUGGAGAAGGUGAAGAUGGCGUUGAGUCUGAAGAGCCUGCGGCGGGAGGCAAGAUACCGGAUAUGGUACUUUGCAGGAAGUUGUUUGCGUAUGGUGAGCAGGCGGAUUACAUGAAUGAAGCAAAUUGUAUAGGGUGGUACAGGAAGGGCGAUGAACAGCACAAGGAUGGCAUGGCGGUUGUCAUGAGUAAUCAAGGUCCUGGUUCAAUCAAGAUGGAGGUGGGCAAGGACAAAGCGGGCCACGUCUGGACAGAUGUGCUUGGGUGGGAAGAGGGUGAAGUUGUGAUUGACGAAGAAGGCUUCGGGGAGUUUCGAUGUUCUGGUGUGAGCGUCAGUGUCUGGGUUAACAAGGACGCGAAGGGGAGAGAGAAAUUUCCUGUGCAAUUUGAUGUGGACAUCUACAAUCUGGGCGAGACGAAUGGAAACGCUCAAGGAGAAGGGAGUGAUGCGAGUGUUGAGAGCACUUGAUCGUGGCUUUAGAAACGUUUGAGAAUUUGUUACAUCUAGAACAUAGAGCAUCCGGCAAUGAAUUCGAAUCGAACACAGCCGUAGGUUUGGUCCUGCAAAGCGGCGGAACAUUGCCC